AUGGAGCACACGUACGCUCUUACAUGCGCGUGCGUGACAUUUUUUUACCCUGUCUACUACUCUGCCAUCCAUGCCGAUCCCCUCCUACCCUUCCCCCUACCAACAACACCCCCACCCCCCUCAUCCCUAGCUCGGCCUUUGUGCUAUAUCUACAUCAACGCACCAUCGCCAAUGACUCAGUCAGCAACAAGUACCUUCAUCCCUCUCUUUUCCUUCAUCCAAACCCCGUCUCCGACCCCACUAGCCACGCCAGCCCGGUUCCAAACCCCUAACCUUCUGUUCCCGCAUCCAUUUUCGGCACUGGGAACUUGUUUUGCCCUAAGGCGAUCUGCAAGGAAAUUGCUGUGCACGAUCUAUAAUGAGAUUACAUCUUCGGGAGGAGAGAACGCGGGAAAACGAAAUGCCGGAGAAUUGGAGGACAGACGUAGCAUGAACAUCUCAGGUUGUCCCUAUCUAUCUAUCUAUCUAUAUCUAUCUAUCUAUCUAUCUGUUGCUCCUAUCUAUCUAUCUAUCUAUCUAUCUAUCUAUCUAUCUAUCUAUCUAUCUAUAUUUAUCUCUAUCGAUUUAGGUGACUGUCUAUCAGUCUCAGGUUGUUCCUAUCUAUCUAUCUAUCUAUCUAUCUAUCUAUCUAUCUUCUCAGGUUGUUCCUAUCUAUCUAUCUAUCUAUCUAUCUAUCUAUCUAUCUAUCUAUCUGCAUCUCUAUUGAUUGAGGUUCUAUCUAUCUAUCUAUCUAUCUAUCUAUCUAUCUAUCUAUCUGUAUCUCUAUCGAUUGAGGUGACUGUCUAUCAGUCUCAGGUUUUCCUAUCUAUCUAUCUAUCUAUCAAUCUAUCUACCUAUCAAUCUAUCUAUCUAUCUAUCUAUCUAUCUGCAUUUCUAUCGAUUGAGGUGACUGUCUAUCAGUCUCAGGUUGUUCCUAUCUAUCUAUCUAUCAAUCUAUCUACCUAUCAAUCUAUCUAUCUAUCUAUCUAUCUAUCUGCAUUUCUAUCGAUUGAGGUGACUGUCUAUCAGUCUCAGGUUUUUCCUAUCUAUCUAUCUAUCAAUCUAUCUAUCUAUCUAUCUGCAUCUCUAUUGAUUGAGCUGACUAUCAGUCUCAGGUUGUUUCUAUCUUUCUAUCUAUCUAUCUAUCUAUCUCAGUCUAUUCACAUCUAUCUAUGUCAGUGUGUUCAUAUCUAUCUCCUUAUCUGUCUCUGUCAGUCUGUUUAUAUCUAUCUAUCUAUCUAUCUAUCUAUCUAUCUAUCUCAUUCAGUUCAUCUAUCUCUCUAUCUAUGUAUGUCCGUCUGUUCAUAUCUGUCCUGUUCAUAUCUCUCUAUCUACCUAUCUAUCUUUAUUCGUAUAUAUGGACAUGUCUUUCUAUAA